UUAGUGGAGUUCGAGUGGUGAGUGCGAGAUUGCCUCUUUCAGGGAGGAAAGAUAAUAAAAACAGUGCGAAAAAGUGUAUGAUAAGGGUGAAAGUGGUGGUGUAGUGCAGUGUCAAGUGUUCCUCAACGCGGUGGACAAUGUCCAUAACACAAAACAGCAAUAAAAUAGAGAAUGGGAUCGGCUCAUCGGGACACAAAGGCAGCUUGCGUGGCACGAAGCUGGCACGCCGAGCGAGAUCCUUCAAGGAUGACUUCCUGGAGAAGAUCUCCCAGAUUCGCACACCGACGAACACAAUGACGAGAACUUCCUCGCCGAGCAGUCCGCGGAACAAGUCGGCCAAGGGAUGCGUCGAGGAGGCGUCGAAGCCUGCCCAUGAUCUGAACUAUCAUGUGCGCCAGGUGAAGAACUCCCUGACACACUUCAAAGAUGUGAUAUCGAAGAGGAAGCUGGAGAUGCUGCCGGGCAAUGGGACGGUUGUGCUGGAGUCCAUUGCGAAUGUCCACACGGCCUUGCAGGCGUACGGGCUGAAUGAGCAGAGCAACGCCCUGAUCUCCGCCAAGACGCAGGUGUAUGCGUCUCUGGGGCGCCUCAUAAAGCUCUGUGACGAGGUGCUGCUGGCUGAGAACGAGCAGACGUGCGCUGCCAUUGAGCCUGACAAUGUCCAGGAGGUAAUGGAAUUGAUGGAGGCGGCGCUUGAGAAUCUAUUACAGGUAUCCAAUGCCAAAUUGACGGAACGGGUGAGUUCCUCCUCACAAUCUCCUGUCGUGCGGACGUCUUCAAACACACUGCAGCGUCCGAUGAUCGAUGUGGCCAGUCAGAGAACAUCCCUGCCGGAUAUUCCACUGACGCCGCGCGAGAGGGACAUUCUAGAGCAACAAUCGUCACGCAUAGUGCGCUCUUCGCACAGCACGGAGAGCAUCCUGAGAGACACAAGCCCACCGCCUAAGCCUCCGCUUCCCAGUCGACUCACCGAUCCCCCGCCAUUGCCGCCAAAGCCCAAACAGCGCGCCGGACUCGUGGAUUCAGACACGGCGUCGGAUCUCACGCUGCCCACGACCACAAAUGAGCGCAGCUCGUGGCGCUCAAAGUCCCCUGAGGACAAUUCUAGUCUCUUGAGUGCCAGUGCGGGUUCGCUGGAUUCGGCGCUCAACCAGAGUCGUGAGGAUGACAUUCUGGAGCCUCUGCUGGAGAUGGAUCAGAUGGCUCUGGCCACGAAUAGCGCCUCCUCGUCGUCCCCGUGUCGGGAGUUCGAGGACAGCUUGCCCAUGUUGUCCAUCACGGGUGCCGAUGACUUCGCGCCGCCGAUCGUGCGGCGUUCAGGGCAGUCGUACAUGGUGACGCGCAGCAGCAGGACACAAUCGGCGGAACAGGAGCUGAUUGGGGGCGAAUGUGUGUCUGAGAAGAUGUUCACACAGAAUGUGUUCAAUAAGUUCGAGCAGCAUAGUUUUAUGUGCAAGACAGACAGUGUGGACAGUGCCGGCAUGUCGGAGACACUGUCGUACGAUCAGGACGAUGAGCAGCCACCGGAGUUGCCGCAGAAGACCAGACGCAGCAUCCACGGCAGAUAUGAUCGCCACAAAUCAAUAUACGACAACAUGCCGGGCGGUGACAGUCAUCAAGGGGCCAAGCAUCAAUUCACAUCAACUACAAGUACAGCAGCCGUGUUCACAUCUCAGCACCAUCAGCACAGCACGGCAGCGUUUGCGGCCACAACUAUGAGGCAUCAGAGUGUUUUUGAGCCUCGCCAGUUGCAGAAGUUCCAUCAGCAGCAGUUGCAGCACGAAUCGGUCGCCGAGACGCAAGACGAGAAGCCGCCGCCUCUUCCCAUAAAGAAGAAGCACAUGUUUCAGAGUGUGGCGUAUUCAGUUAUGGCUUACAUGGAGAUAUUUGGAAAUUGCACUCAUGCCUCGCAGCAAAUAUGUGGGAAUGGAAUUCGAGGUGCCAAUCUUCAAGAACGUUCUGUCAGCAUGAUGCCAUCGAUAAAUCAUGUGAGCAUGCAAUCUCAAGCGCUGAGCGCUGGAAGCAAUCACUCGGUCACGGUGACAACGUCCUCAUCGGCGCUGCUGGUGCGGACGGAGGAAGAGGUGGAGAAACCGCCGGCGCUGCCGCCGAAGCAGUCGCGGCUGAGCAGCAAGACGUCCGUGAACAGUGACACCCCACCACAGAGUCCGCGGGUCGUGAGUGGCGCGCGAGUGCAGAAGCCGUCGGUCUCGACGCCGUCCGUGGUGUGUUCGGCUGGCGGUGGAAGUGGUGGUCCUCAGCUAUCGCCGGGCAGCAAGUCGCUGAAGACUCCGUCGCCACUAUCGCCACCGCUAUCGGCGACGCUCCAUCCACAUCUCAACUGUCCGGCGGGCGUGGAAGUGAAAGUGACCGAUCAGAAAGACGCGAGUGCUCAGCGAUUAUUCAAUUUCAAUGAGAGUCACAGCGAUAAGACACAAUCAGCUGAGGUGCUGAGCAAUUCGGCGCGCAACGAGGAGACAUCAGACGAGGAAGUGGUCCUGCGCAGGAAUCAGCACAAGAAGAAGGAGAGCAUGAGCUCAAACUCUAGUCUGCCGUUGGAUUUGAUCGAGGAGAUGAGCAUCGCGCAGUUUUUGGUGUUCAAGAAGGAGGGCGAGGACGGGCCAGAUGUCAAAGGUGGCCACUUGGAUGCCCUCAUCAUUCAUGCUACGAAAGUGGAGAAGAAUUUCGAGAAUGAUUCAGAUGAAGCUAAAGAGAAUGCCUACGGGGAGGCCUUUCUCACGACUUUCCGGACAUUUAUGACACCGCUGCAGCUCAUCGAGAAGCUAACACAUCGAUACAAUGUGUACAGUUGCCAAAUUGGUGAUCAGAAGCAGAGAGCGGCCAAAGAAUCCUUCGCGCUGCUGUUUCGUGUUGUUAAUGAUCUAACAAUACCUGACAUUGAGGAGUACUGUCUCAAUCUAUUGGUGGAUUUCGCCCAUCAAUUGAUCUGCAAUGGCAACUUGACAAUGGCAAAGUUGCUGCGAGUGAAAAUCUUGGAGAAAGUCAUGAUGUACAAGCAACACAAGUGGUCGCCGUACUAUUCGACACUUUCAUCAAGGGCCGUCACGACAAAUCCACCAACUCUCCUCGACUUGAAGUCCGUGGAGAUUGCCGAACAGAUGACGCUCCUCGAUUCGGAUCUGUUCAAGAAGAUUGAAAUUCCCGAAGUGCUGAUCUGGGCACAGGAGCAAUGUGAGGAGCGAUCGCCAAACUUGACACGCUUCACAGAGCAUUUCAAUAAGAUGUCGUACUGGGCGCGAUCGCAGAUUCUCAAGCAGGAGGAUGCCAAAGAGCGCGAACGCUAUGUGAUCAAGUUCAUCAAGAUCAUGAAGCAUUUGAGGAAGAUUAAGAAUUUCAAUUCCUACUUGGCUCUGUUGUCAGCUCUCGACUCAGCGCUUAUCAGAAGACUGGAGUGGCAGAAGACAAUUACGGAUAGUCUGAAGGACUACUGCGCUCUCAUUGAUCCCAGUUCCAGCUUUCGGGCCUACCGAUUGGCGCUGGCAGAGACUACGCCGCCCUGCAUUCCCUACAUAGGGCUUGUGCUGCAAGACUUGACAUUUGUACACAUUGGGAAUCAAGACUAUCUCAGUGAGGGCAUCAUUAACUUCUCGAAACGAUGGCAACAGUACAAUAUCGUUGUGAAUAUGAAGAGAUUCAAAAAGAGCUCGUAUCCGUUCAAGAAGAAGGAGCACAUCAUUGGCUUUUUCGACAACUUCGAGAACUACCUGGACGAGGACGCAAUGUGGCAGAUAUCAGAGAAUAUAAAACCUCGCGAGGGCAAGAGAACUUACAAGAGGUGAAUAUUUAAAUAAGGAUAAAUUAUAUACAUAUUUAUUGAGAGGGAUUAAUUUGUCUCUUGAAUUUGAGUAUAUUUUUAAAAAUGAUGAUAAAAUGCUACAAGAAUAAGUAAGAAAAAACAAAAAAACACAUGAAGAGAAAGAACUAUUUUUAUUACGUUAGUUUGUAUUGAUGAUGAUUGAAAAAAAAAGAAGAGGGGAUAAAUAAUUUAUUUACAUGAUGAAUUGGCAAGAAAAAUAUCACUGUAGCGAAAAUUAUUGUAUGUUAGAUGAUGAUGAAUUAGUGAAACGGUGAAAUUUGUUGGUAGUUUAUUGAAAGCCACUCCUUUUGUUGAAUAGGUGUAGAAUUGCACUUUUUUUGAUGCAGUUUUUCUUAGUGAUUGAAAUGAUGCGCAAUGGUGAGAAAGUGUAGAUGGGAAUUCAUAACAUUAUCGAUUUAGUCAAGAAAAAAACAUGCAAACUUAUUGAAAACUACGUAGGAAUUACUAAUUAUCACUAAAAAAAAGAAGAAGAUAUGAUUAGAUUGAGAUGAGAGGGUGAAAAAAGAAUCAUGCAAUGAAUGUAAUGCAACGAAUUAUUUACACAACACAGUGCAGAUUGAUGGACACACAAGAUAUAACUUAAACGUCUACUAAUCAAAUAGGAAACUUACUGAAUUAAUGUCUAGCGUGAGAGAGAAGAGAGUGGAUAAACACGUUGCAUUAAUUUGUUGACUAAACCUAUGAAAAUUUCAAUUAUUGAAUUUUAUCAAUAAUUCUCGUAUUGAUUUUUAUAAGUAUUUGUCUUUCUUCUGAACUUUGCUUAGCUUUUUUUCCUACUCUGGAGACUUAUAAUAUUUUAUUUUUUCGAUAUUUCUUCUGUGGGUGAAAAUACUCAUGAAAACAAAAAAAAGGGAGAAGAGAAAAUGUAUUUGAGACGGUAAAUUUUAUAUAGUAAAAAUACUCAGUCUCAGAAGAAUGCGUUGCGGAGAAAUUUGUGUAAUUUUCACCAAUAAGUACAAUUUCCUGAUUAAAAUCUUGUGGUUAAAUAAUGAAAGAAUAUUUGGUAUAAUGAAAAGUGAAUGAGAAGAUAACACAACACUGCUUAAUUUAAUGUGCAAUAUUUUAAAGAAGAUAUGAAAAAAGAUAUGUACUUUUAAGUGAAAUUUAUCUGUAGUGAGAAAACCAAACAAAAGUAUUCGUGGUAUUUAUCGUAACAACUAAAGAAAAAAAACUGAUUAUUAUGAUGAAAAACUGCAAGCAAGAAAACCCAUCAUGAAGAAAUACAGCAACACAGAAUGCAUUUUUUAGGGAGACAGAAAGAAAACCAAUAUAAAAUAGCAAUUGUUUUAGUUUUUUCAUGUGGCGAAGAAGGGAAAUAGAGAGAUGAAUAUGAAAAAUAUCGUCAAUGUUAAGCCAUAAUCAACAAGUGUAGGUAUUUUAAAGGUGUAAUGCGGGGCGGAGAGAAAGAGGAGGCAGAAGAGGAAAUAUUACUAUACACACAAGAGUACAUAAGGCAUAAAUUGUGAAGAUAAUCACUCUGCAGUCAAUGCAAUAGACUCUGAUUUAGGAUUAUUCACCAGGGAACUCAAUAUACUCAAGCUCAUUGAUGGAUAGCAAGAAAUAAUCUCACACAGUGAACAUGAACCAAGCAGUAACGCAGACUCUAGUAACGUAAUUGUAAAAGUGAAUAAAGUGUAAUUGGAUGUGUGUCUCAGA